AGUCUCAAGUCGACUUUCGUGUAGAUUGCACGGCGGGUGUUUCGCGAUUGCCAAGAACUGUGCGUUGUGUGUGUCUGAGAGGCUUUUCUCUGGCUCCCCCUGGUUCAUUGUGCGCCACCCACCCCCAAAAAAACUGCUGGGCAACAGUGCACAACAGAGAGUGUGGUUGAGUGAAUCGACCGACCCCCUAGCCUCCCCAACGUACUUUAAAUUGUAAGUUAUAAAUCUGUUAGCAGUGGAGGCGGUUGGUGGAGAAAUUAUUGAAUAUUUUACGGGGUUGUUGCAAACAGAUUUAGGGAGGUUUUUUUUUUCCUUCCUUUUGCUCGCCUUUUCGGACUCAUUUGGCGAGGAACUUUGGAGGGUUUCCUCCCGGAUUCCUGCAAGUGGCUAGUGUUUGCAACAUACGGUAGCUUAAGAAAAGAUUUUUUUUAAGAGAUAAAGAGUAAGGUGUUUUUGUAGACAAGUGACGUGAGCCAUAUCCUCCUGUUGAAGGGGUUAGUGUGGUAAGGAAAAGUGGGUGAAUAAUAAGGAUAUAUAUGCUAGAUAUUUUUGUUUGCCGUGUUUAAUGGUUAAAACAGUAAAAUAUAGUGUGUUAAAUCUCGAGAUUAAAACUACAAGCUGGAUCAACAGCCGAUAAAAACUUCAGCAUCACCGCUCUCAUCCAGUGAAAGAAGUUAAUCUCAUCGAGGAAAAUUUGCAUAUCGCACACGAGGAACAAAGUGAGGCAGAAAGGUGACGACACUGCGCCGCCAUCUCCAUUGGCGUCGUCAUGAGCGUCAUCAACGACGCCGCCAGUGUUGUGCGAAAAAUGCAAUUGGCGCUGUUUGAAGGAUAAAUAAGGAGGUGGUGUGACUAAGGUGUUGUGCUGAAUUGAACCACUGAAGAGAGCAUCUCUCAGCCAAUUUUUACAUACAUGGUAAUAAGAUGACGAUCACAAAAUCAGCGAAUUUACUGCAUCAGCUCAUCACCAUUGGCUCUAUUUGGCUCCUCAUCUCACAUCUCAGAGUUGGUGCAGCUUUAGAUCUCGCAAAAUGCAAGAAUCCUCUCGGUAUGGAAUCUGGAGCAAUUGCAGAUUUUCAAAUAACAGCAAGUUCAGCUCAUGAUAUUGGCAAUGUGGGACCACAACAUGCUAGAUUGAAAAUCGAUAACAAUGGAGGUGCCUGGUGUCCGAAGCAUAUGGUGUCCAGGGGACUUAAGGAAUACCUCCAGAUUGACUUACUUCAAGUGCACGUGAUUACAGCUAUAAGGACACAGGGACGCUUUGGCAAGGGUCAAGGGCAGGAGUACACUGAAGCCUAUGUGAUUGAAUACUGGCGACCAGGCUUCACAAAGUGGUAUCGCUGGAAAAAUAUUCAGGGCAAAGAGAUUCUAACAGGAAAUAUUAACACAUAUAGUGAAGUGGAGAAUAUUCUACAGCCAAUUAUUUUUGCAUCGAAAAUACGUCUCUAUCCCUACAGUCAGUAUGACCGGACGGUAUGCCUUCGUGUGGAAGUUGUGGGCUGCAUUUGGGAUGAGGGACUGAUAUCGUACAGCAUUCCAAAAGGUGUUCAACGUGGCCUGGAAGUAGAUCUCUCAGACCAAACCUAUGAUGGCAGAGAGGAGGGCGAUCGAUUAGUUGGCGGUUUGGGGCAAUUAGUCGAUGGCCAGAAAGGAAAUGAUAAUUUUCGGACUGAUAUUCAUGGCUUUGGUAAAGGAUACGAAUGGGUUGGAUGGCGCAAUGACACCUUUGGCGGUGGUGCUGGAAAACCUGUGGAGAUGGUCUUUGAGUUCGACACUGUGAGAAAUUUCACCUCAAUGCUCCUUCACACUAACAACAUGUUCAGCAAGGAUGUUCAGGUUUUUGUACGCGCUAGCGUCUUCUUUAGCGUCGGCGGGCAACACUUCAGUGGGCAACCUGUCCAAUAUUCAUACAUGCCAGACAGCAUCAUGGAGAAUGCUCGUGAUGUCACUGUAAAACUUCACAACCGAAUUGGCAAGUACUUGCAGGUUCACUUAUACUUUGCACUUCGAUGGAUUAUGCUGAGUGAAGUGUCAUUCGUUUCAAUACCUGUUCUUGGAAACUUCACUGAGGAGAUGACAAAUGGUAGUUCACUGCCUCCGGAUACAUCCUUGGAAUAUCCACUACAAAGAGAUGAAGUUCAAACAAUCCAAACGAAAAGCAAUCAUGUUCCACAGAUCAUUUCCCCCAAACCCAUUGACCAAGAGCCAGAACAGAAUUUUGUGGGUGUCAUCAUUGCGAUAUUGACCACAAUUAUUCUACUGUUGAUUGCCAUCAUUCUGUUUAUAAUUGCUAAAAAUAAGCGCAAUCGUCGGGCAGAUGUUCUCGGCACCAUGCCUCACAGCCUCCAUCAGGAUGGACUGAACGUGGAUAAAAGAGCGGCCAGCAAUAUUAAAAUGGCAAUGGACGACAGUGAGUCGAUAGAUAAGAGCAGCUUGUACCAUGAACCCUUCAAUGUCAAUAUGUACACAAGUGCGGCAAGUGGCUGCUCCCUCAAUGAUAUGCAGCGUCAUCAUGUGACUCCGGAUUAUACUGAUGUGCCGGACAUCGUGUGUCAGGAGUAUGCAGUGCCCCAUAUGCAGGAUUUGAUACCAAAAAUUCCCGGUGGCUACUGCAGUGUUCGCCUAACGCCACCACCGCUCAACAACAUCUUCCCAAAGCCACCCCCUAUUCCUCCACCCCCAUCUGAAAAAUACUACGCCGCCACGGCGAUCUGCAAGCCCGCCACGCCCACGACACCAUCCACCGCCAUGAAUGCCUACAGCGAUGUGGAUGGCAUCUCAACGGAUGACGACUACCAGCUGCAGGAGUUCCCGCGACAAUCUCUGGGCAUUGUAGAGAAGCUGGGAACGGGCAUCUUCGGAGACUUCCAUCUGUGCGAAACGAAGGGAAUCAAUUCUAGUCUGGUUGGUGUCGCAACCCUUCGGUCGAGUGCACCUGAAAAUGUUAAGAGAGACUUUCGAGCAAAAGCCAGACACCUGGGACGCCUGAGUGAUCCAAAUGUGGCCAAAUUACUAGGGGCAUGUCUACGAGAUGAGCCCGUCUGUGUUGUACUAGACUAUAGCAAUUGUACAGGGGAUUUAAAUCAAUUUCUCCAGGAGCAUGUUGCGGAGACAACUGCUGUUGGGGUACAAAAUAAUUCGCUCAGUUACGGCUGUUUGAUCUACAUUGCCACACAAAUUGCCUCGGGCAUGAAGUAUCUGGAGCAAAUGAACUUUGUACACAAGGAUCUAGCAACGAGGAGCUGCAUUAUUGGGCCACAUCUGGAAGUAAAAAUCUGCACUGUGGGUGCGGUGAUAAAUCGUCUCCAGUAUCCAGGAGAUUACUGCCAUUUGGAGGGUGCCGCUGGUCGACAAUCUCAACCAAUGCCAAUUCGCUGGAUGUCCUGGGAGAGUGUUUUACUGGGAAAAUUCACAUCAAAGUCUGAUGUUUGGUCAUUUGCAAUAACGCUCUGGGAGAUCCUCACAUUCGCCCGGGAGCAGCCCUUUGAGAAUAUGAGCGAUGAGAAAGUAAUUGAGAAUAUUGGUCACAUCUAUCAGGAUGAUAAGAAGCAUGCACUGCCACCCAUUCCGAUGAACUGUCCAAGAGAGAUUUAUGAUCUAAUGUGCGAAUGUUGGCAGCGAAAUGAGCAGAACCGGCCGAAUUUCCGUGAAAUUCAUCUGUUUCUACAACGAAAGAAUUUGGGAUACAAACCGGCCACAUAUUGACAGGAGGAGAAAUUCUGACUGGAUGAUGAGGAUAUGGAGGAGAGAAUUUCAUGGGAUAAUUAGUGAUGUGAAUGUGUUGUGUGUGUGGGGUUAAGGAUCACAUUUUCAUGAUUAAUUUUCUCUCCAAUUUCAAGCUUUUGGCUCCACAACACAGAAAAAAAAACUGCGUGAAGAAUUUGCCAAUCAAUUGAACUUUUGGCUCUCUUCGGUAUCGGAUGUGAAUAUAUUUUGUGUUUUCGACAAUAUGAGUUAUUGUAAAUUAAUUUCGUAUUAUAUAUAGCACAUUUUGGAAAGUGAACUAACGUGAAAUUGAAUGUGAAUGACAAGCAGACAAAUACCACGAAGAACAAUGCUGGAAAUUUUCCUCCUCCAUCACCAAUUUAAUAAUUAUAAAAUAGCAUUAGUGGAAGACACAAUUGUGUACAUAUGGAGUCUCUUAGUGAAGUAAUUUAAUAUUCAUCAAAUUAAUUAUUAUAAUUGCUGAUAUAAUAUUUAUAUACACCUUCCCCUGAUCCCCCCUCCUCCUGCUGCCCCAUUAGACAUAAUUAUGGAUAAAUCUGUGGGUUUUGUGAUCAAUCAAUCAAUGAUGCUCUUCUGUGAAAAAAAAAACGUAUAAACCCUUUUUUAUCGUGUAAAAAAAACUAUAUAUAUAUAUAUAUUAAUUAAAAAAAAAACAUUACAAGGAAGUGACAAAAAAAUCGUACUAUAAGUGUUACAGAAAUCAUCAAAAGCACAUGAAAUUGUAGGAGAAAAAAACCAAUUAAAACAAAUCGAACAAACGUUUUAACCAAAACACAAACACCAUCCCCCAAAAUGUCGCAAAAACUGCAAUUAAAUAAAUUAGUGACCGUGAAUAAAUUUAAAAUUAAUCAGAUAACAUCCCAAAAAUCAUGUCAAGUAGCGUAAUACAUUGAUAGCGUAUUUGAAUUUAUUAUUAUGCGUAUAAAAUGGAAUUAAUUAGUGAAAAAAAAAUUUUUUAUGGUAAUUAAUUCAUAAUCACUCAAUGAACAGUGAAUUUUUGAAAUAACACACAGGCUGAAAGUAUAAAAAAAAAAAAUAGCAUGAGGAAUCAUAAAUUAGUAUGAAAUUGAAUUAUUUCCACUCCGUAUUAAUUAUGUAAAACAUUUUAAUCUCAUUUUCUGAACUCGCUUCUUACCGUACAGAAAAAGCUCUUAUUUCUUCGUUUCCAAGGAGAAGUUUUUUUUUGUGGAUUUUUCACGGAAAUUGCAGAUUUUACAGGAAGAUUUUUUUUUAAAAAAUAUAUCUUUGUGAAAAAUCUAUUAUUGAAACAUUCUGAGGUAAGACUUUAAAUCCGACGAACAGAAUUCGAUGAGGAAAUUUCUAAAACAAGAGGUUAUGUUGGAAAGUGAGGUUAUGUUAAAGAAAAAACCUGAAUAACG